GGUACGUGACAUGGUGCACAUCAGAUCUAUCGAUCAUGCAAUAUGAAAGUGUGCCACUUUUUGAGGCUUUUCCAUGCAUUUAUUGAUAAAAAAAUGUGAUUCUGCACACUAUAAACAAUGUAGCCAUGUCUCUUCGCAGAGUUUCUUCAGUAAGGGCAGGGAAAACACCUUUCAGCGACGAUGACGAAGAUGGCUGCCAAUCUAUCUUGCGAAGACACAGCUCCCUUCCUGCAAAAAGAAAGAAUGUGCACUUCGCAGACAGUUUUGGAAAGCCUCUCGUGUCUGCGUAUAGUGAAGAAGAAUAUAAUAUACACGUAUCUUUAGCUCAGGUAAAAAAGGAGAUGCAAAAAGCUAAAAAGUCACUAAGAAUGUGCUUUCAACAACCCGUUUCACUGGAUGGCUUCAGAGAGAGACUCGAACACGAUUAUGUUUGUCUUGAAAACGCGGUUAUUCAAUCUGAAAAUUCACUAAUAGGAACAGUAAAAGUGAAAAAUAUAGCAUAUCACAAGGAAGUUAUUGUUCGCUACACGUUGGACUCGUGGAAUUCGCACACAGAUGUUGGAGCUACCUACGUUCUAGACUCGUACGACGGUAAUUCUGACCGCUUCUCUUUUGCUGUCACGUUACCGGAAUAUUUCUUAGCUGCUGGUGGGAAUUUAGAACUAGCUAUCUGUUACAAAACUGAUGGACAAGAAUACUGGGACAAUAAUGGGGGAAUAAAUUAUAGAGUAGAAUGUGCUGUGAAUGAGUCCGAAUACAGAUCCUGUGCUUUAUCGAAUGGUUUCUGAGAUUGCUGCCACCAACACGUUGAUUUAUUAAACAGAACACGUUGAACAGAGGUGGGAAGAGUUAUAAUUUGCUUUCAAUUAUUCUCUGAAAUUCAAACUAAAAUAGUGAUAGAAUUAAUUUGAAUURGACAAAAACGAGGAAUGUCCUCAUUGCAUUGAUGGCCACAUCUCCCUGUGUCUGGAUUUUAUAGAGUCAGAUCAGCUAAUGACUAUUCUUUUCAUAAGCAAAUGUAUAGCAAAAAAAGAAUAUUUCAGUUUCAAGACGUUUUUGGGUAAAGAUGAGGCAAUAGAAGUGUACGCAAGACAAUCUUUUGUAAAUUUUCUGUUAUUUAAUUGUUAUGUUUUUAUUACUAGAGUGCAACAUAAUCAUAAUAGGUGUGCAGUUUCCUACUAUGUAAAUGAGUUAAACAAUUGGCUUACUGCUAUACAUGUCAAAGAACAGUCUGAUAAUGUUUUGCAGUCAUUACCAUAAAAUUAUUUUAGUUUACUAAUGUAWUGUGUUAUUUUAAACCCUGAAAUGAAAGACAACUGUAUUUCACACAUUAUUCAAUUUCAUAAUUAUUUUUGCUUGAAAGAAUACCUGUAAAGUUUUUUAUGUUUAUUUAUUACAUUGCCUUUUUUCCAUGGACCUCUGGGCUGGUUGUUUAAAGCUCGAUUAGCGCUAAUCCUGGGUUAACUYUAACAUCCAAUGACUUUUACCCAGCUCAAGAUUUCAUUUUUUGCAUUCAUCUUAUAAUAAAAAGACGUUUGUCAUAUAACAGGCUUCCACCAUAGUUMCAUGACAUGUAUAGCAGCCUACAACCUGAUACUGCCCUGUACUUUCAAAGUUUCUUCAUCAGUUGGCACACUUSAAUUUUGAAAGAAAUAAAAAAGUAGUGUUUAUUGUCUGGUUCAGUGACAAUACAGCAUUAGUAAA